CCUCCUCCCAGCCCCAAACCACCCAGCCCCAAGCCCCCCCUACGCCCCAAACCGCCCAGCCCACCACCACCGAGUCCUCCGCCGCCGGCACCCGUGGGUCUCCUCGCUGUUGGUUCUUUCUGCCCCUACCCGAAGAAAGACAUCAGCGCCAGCGCCAACAUCAAGUGCUACUCGCCCGGAGCGUGCCCUCUGGGCAACCGCACCACUCGUGCCCACAUCCAGGCGGCGGCGGAGGCCUGCCUCGCCACGCCCAAGUGCCUCGCCUUCACAAGUGACGGAUGGCUGAAGUCCGCUGGUUCAGAGGCCAUGCAGCCAACCUCCACCUACUACACGACGCCAGUGCAAGGCACCUACGUGCUGCGACCCAAAG